AGGGACGCGGGGCGUUUUGUUAAGCUGCUUCGGCCGUGUCUCUCCCGCUACUUCUCUUGCUUCGGUCGUGGCGGCUUUGACGGCCUUGCAAGCCAACCUUUCUUCGGCAUUCAAUCAUCUUAAAAGAUUUGCUGAUUUUCCAGUCGCCCAUCUCGUUGCUCUUUUUCUUUUUUCCCCGGUUCCGGGUUCGCCGUCUUUUUCAGUUCACCUUAAGCUCUUCUCUCGAGGUGCCCUUCUUUCCAGCCAUCUUGCAACUGCCCUUUGUCCAUUUCACCAGCUAUCUCAAGUUUCUCAGUUGAGAGUGAGCGGCGCCUUUGUGGAUAUCCUGCGGACUAGCGCCUUUGCCCUGUGGCUUUCAAAACGGCUUACUCUUAAGCCACUUCUUUGCAGCCUGGUGCCCUCCGGUUGUGUUAGACUUCAGCUCCUAUGAAAAUCCUGAACACUGCCCUGUGUUUCAGUUCAUGCAUAGUCAAAACUGCAUUCACCCUGCACAUAAAGGACUAUGGAUAUUCUUAGAAUGAGACAUGGCUGAAGAUCCUCAGAGAAAUUUCCGAUCCGUGUACUAUGAAAAAGUGGGAUUUCGUGGUGUUGAAGAAAAAAAAUCAUUAGAAAUUCUUUUGAAAGAUGAUCGGUUGGAUAUUGAGAAGCUUUGCACAUUUAGUCAAAGGUUUCCUCUCCCAUCGAUGUAUCGGAUGUUGGUAUGGAAGGUGCUUCUAGGAAUUCUCCCACCUCACCAUGACUCUCAUGCAUUUGUGAUGAAAUACAGAAAGGAACAGUAUAGGGAUGUAUACCGUGCUCUUCAAGUAAUUCGCUUUAUCACAGAUUCUACUCCACAGGUUGAAAUAUUCCUCCGGAUAUAUCAGUUGGAAUCAGGAAAGCUACCUCAAAACCCAUCUUUUCCUUUGCAAUCUGAAGAUGAGAUAUUCCUUGCUAUUGCUAAAGCAAUGGAUGAAAUGGUGGAAGAUAAUGUUGAUUGCUACUGGCUAGUCAGUAGUUUUGUGAACCAGUUAAACAAUAAGUACAAGGAGUCAUUACCGCAGCUGCCAAAACUUCUGGAACAAAUCCUCAGCCUUGAGGACAGCCGGCUUCUAGCACAUCUGAAAUUGUGUUCAGCCACGGGCCAACUUCCUUAUAAACUUUGGUUUAGAAAGUGUUUUGCUGGAUGCCUACCCGAAUCGAGUUUACAAAGGGUUUGGGACAAGGUUAUUAGUGGUUCUUGCAAAAUCCUGGUCUUUGUUGCUGUUGAGAUCUUGUUAACCUUUAAAAUGAAGUUGAUGGCCUUGACUAGUGCUGAAAAGAUUGAACAGUUUUUGGAAAAUAUACCUCAAGAUAACACUGAUGCAAUUGUGAGCAAGGCCAUUGAACUGUGGCACAAACAUUGUGGGACCCCUGCUCAUUCAGUUUGAAAUUACCUGCAUUUCUGUUUUUGACUGUUUCCCUCUCUGAAUGUAUAUAAUUAAAGUUAUUUAAAGAUUGUGGGUA